GAUCGCUGCUGCUUUGGAGGCCGGGCAAGAUGAUCGGAACCCUGCUCCUGAUUCUCCUGACCCCCCUUUUCAUCUACAUCGUUGUGCCCCAAAUCAGGAAAAUGCUGUCCAAUGGUGUAUGUACAUCCACUGUCCAGCUCUCUGGGAAGGUAGUUGUGAUCACUGGAGCCAAUACAGGCAUUGGGAAGGAGACAGCCAAAGAGCUGGCGCAUAGAGGAGCGCGUGUAUAUUUAGCUUGUCGAGAUGUACAAAAGGGGGAAUUGGUGGCCAAAGAAAUUCAGACUGUGACAGGGAACCAGAUGGUCUUGGUGCGGAAACUGGACUUGGCUGAUACUAAAUCUAUUCGAGACUUUGCUAAAAACUUCUUAGCAGAGGAAAAUCAACUCCACAUCCUGAUCAACAAUGCAGGAGUGAUGAUGUGUCCAUAUUCCAAGACAGCAGAUGGCUUUGAAAUGCACAUGGGAGUCAACCACUUGGGUCACUUCCUGCUGACCCAUCUGUUGCUAGACAAGCUGAAGGAGUCAGCUCCAUCAAGGAUAGUGACUGUAUCUUCCCUGGCACAUCACCUAGGAAGGAUCCAGUUCCACAAUCUGCAGAGUGAGAAGUUCUACAGUGCAGGCCUGGCCUACUGUCACAGCAAGUUGGCCAAUAUUCUCUUCACUCAGGAACUGGCCAGGAGGCUGAAAGGCUCCGGCGUUACUACGUACUGUGUACAUCCUGGCACAGUUAACACCGAAUUGAUUCGGCACUCGGUAAUCAUGAGAUUGAUGUGGAAGCUUUUCUCCUAUUUUGUCAAGACGCCUCAGCAAGGGGCCCAGACCACCCUGCACUGUGCCUUAACAGAAGGUCUUGAGAGUCUAAAUGGGAAAUACUUCAGUGAUUGCCAAGUGGCCUGGAUCUCUCCCCAGGGCCGUAAUGAGACAGUUGCAAGGCGACUCUGGGACACCAGCUGUGACCUGCUGGGCAUCCCUAUACAUUGACAGAUGGUGGCAUUUGAACCCAAGAAAAACCUAUAGAAGAUUCCUCCUUGGCGAUGCGCUUCUCUUUCAGGGCUGCUAAACUCUUGAGCACAGGGAGAGAACGAGACCUUAUGUCCUUGUCUGUCUGAUGUACGAUAAAAGCUUGGCAUACUGCCAGAUUUAUCUAA